UUGAUAAAAUGAGGAUUGCGGAAGUCCUCGUUGCGUGAGGUUUCUGGUCUCGUUCACUUCCUGUACUUAACUAAGUGCACAGCUCUCUGGGUUUGUCAUGACAGAAGUUUUUAACUGGAGAGGGGAAAAACACAGCAACAAUAAGUCGACACAAGCUAGACCUCUUCAGCAGACGAAUAUGUAAAUGACUCAAUUUAAAAUGGCUGUUGUGGUUUAUCUGUCUGGCCCUGGCAGAAAUUAUUAAUCUUCUGUAGGCUGAGAGUGUGAAAUCAUUGUGGCUCAUUAAAUGCUCACUGUAAACUACAGAAGGGACUACAAUCAAAGAGACCAUACAUUGUGUUUCUGACUACUGAUUUGAGCUUUAUUACAAUUAUUUUUUUUUAAAUACAGAAGAAAGAAUAUCGAACAAUUAAAAACCGAAAACAUGGAGCGACUUUGUCGCGAAUGCCGUGUAUCGUUGCCUCUGGUUUUGUUGUUUAUUUCUCGCUGUGCCUCUUUCAAUUUGGAUACGAACAGUCCUUCGGUUUUUUUGGGACCCGAUGGAAGUUAUUUUGGCUUCUCAGUGGAUUUCUUCAAACCUGACGAGAAACAGUUAAACAUUUUAAUUGGUGCUCCUAAGGCCAAUACCACACUUUCGAAAAUUGUGGAGAGAGGAGCAGUGUACAGUUGUCCAUGGCAAUCAAGCAGUACCUGUCAGCAAGUGCAAUUUGACAGUACAGAUGACCGAUACAAUCCAAACGGUGAGCAGAUGGAGUUCAAGUCUAACCAGUGGUUUGGAGCCACAGUGAGAUCUAAAGGUGAUCAGAUUUUGGCUUGUGCUCCUCUCUACCAAUGGAGAACAUUUGGGACAGCGGAAAGAGAGCCCGUAGGGACCUGCUACCUAAAAAAGGGGAAUACCAUUGUUGAGUAUUCACCUUGCAGAACAGAUAAAAACAAUCCAGAAGGACAAGGUUUUUGUCAGGCAGGAUUUAGCAUUGACUUUGUAAAGGACAAUCGCGUUGUUGUUGGAGGGCCUGGUAGUUUUUACUGGCAAGGUCAACUGAUUUCUGAUCUGAUUCCUCAGAUUGUGAAUAAAUAUAAUAAGGAUUCCUAUUACACAUCGUAUGAUAGUCAACUGACUACCAAGCCAGCCAGUGCUGCAUUUGACGACAGCUACUUAGGUUAUUCAAUAGCUGUUGCAGACUUUAAUGGCGAUGGAAUAGAUGAUUUUGUGACUGGUGUUCCCAGAGGAGCUCGAGCUCUUGGUUAUGUGACAAUUUUCAGUGGCACAACUAUGGAGUCUCUCGUUAAUUUCACCGGAGAGCAGAUGGCAGCUUACUACGGGCAUUCUGUUGCUGCCGUUGACAUUAAUAAUGAUGGUCUUGCAGAUCUCUUUAGUGGAUCCCCUCUCUUCAUGGACCGUGGGUCUGAUGGAAAGCUCCGAGAGGUUGGUCAGGUGUACGUCUAUCUGAGGGACAGCCCAGUCUCCUUCACAAAGAAAACACAGAAGCUGACGGGGACUGAGAUCUAUGCUAGAUUUGGCAGCUGUGUUGCACCCCUCGGGGACCUCGAUCUCGAUGGCUUUAAUGAUAUUGCAAUUGCUGCUCCUUAUGGAGGAACAGACAACCAAGGUAUUGUCUACAUCUACAAUGGACGUGCUUCAGGACUGAACCCAACACACUCCCAGGUCCUGGAAGGGAGAUGGGCUUCCACCAGCAUGCCACCCAGCUUUGGAUACUCCAUGCACGGAGCCACAGAUAUAGAUCUGAAUGGGUACCCAGAUCUGAUUGUCGGUGUGUUUGGAGCUGAUAAAGCUGUCCUGUACAGAGCUAGGCCAGUUAUUGGUGUUAAUGCCACCUUGGAUGUCACCCCUCCAAUCCUCAACCCAGAUGAGAAACAAUGCACUUUGCCUGGUUCCUCCGUUACAGUAUCUUGUUUUAAAGUAAAAUUCUGCUUAAAGGCAAAUGGGAAAGGAGCCCCGAACACCCUCAACUUUCAGGUGGAGUUACUGUUAGACAAACUUAAACAGAAAGGAGCUAUAAAGAGGGUACUGUUCCUACACAACAGGCUGUCCUCCCAUACAAAAAACAUGUCUGUUACGAAUGGCAAGGGACCUGCCUGUGAAGAACUGGAUGCUUAUUUACAAGAUGAGACGGAGUUCAGAGACAAAAUUACGCCAAUCACUAUCUUCCUGGAAUACAGCUUGGAUUAUAAAACUGCUGCAGAUCAAACGGGUCUCUUGCCAAUUCUGAACCAAUUUACUCCAGCUAAUAUCACCAAGCAGGCGCACAUUUUACUGGACUGUGGUGAGGAUAAUAUAUGUAAACCAGAGCUGAAGCUGUCAGUAAAAAGUGACCAAACACAGAUAUACAUUGGCGAUGACAACCCCCUGACACUUGAGGUAACGGCAGAGAACAGAGGAGAGGGAGCCUAUGAAGCUGAGCUCUUAGUGUAUAUGCCACCCCAAGCUGACUUUAUCGGUGUGGUUCGAAACAGUGAGAAGUUAGCAAGAUUGUCCUGUGCAUAUAAGACAGAGAAUCAGACUCGUAUGGUUGUCUGUGACCUUGGAAAUCCAAUGAAAGCAGGAACAAAUCUUGUGUCUGGUCUGCGAUUCAGUGUUCAUCAGCUGUCUGAACAGGAUACUUCAGUGAAGUUUGAUUUAAAAAUCCAGAGUUCCAACUUAUUUGAUAACACCAGUCCUGUGGUAUCCAGUAUGACUACUCUUGCUGUGCUAGCCAAAGUUGAAAUAAGAGGCGUUUCCACCCCUGAUCAGCUUUUUCUUCCUAUUGCUAACUGGCAACCCAAAGAAAACCCAAUGAUAGAGGAUGACAUUGGACCUCUUGUCCAGCAUAUCUAUGAGCUUCGAAACAAUGGCCCAAGUACCUUCAGUAAGGCAAUACUAGAUCUGGAGUGGCCUUACAAAUACAAAAAUGAGUCCCUGCUGUAUAUUAUUCAAUAUGAAAUUGAAGGACCUAUGAAAUGUACCACAGAUAUGGAAAUCAACCCUCUGAAUAUAACAAUGCCUAAAGCUCCAGAAAAGAAUGACACUGCAAGAGAAGAUUCCCGGGAAGAUGGCAGAAACCGCAACCGUCGUGACCUUGGACCUGUCGAAGGGGAGCUGGAAACUUUGGGCUGUGGCAAAGCAGAGUGUCUGAAAAUCAAGUGCCAAGUUGGCCGCUUGGAGAGAGGAAAGAGUGCCAUCCUGUACAUCAGGUCGAGACUGUGGGCUGCAACCUUCAUGAAGAAUGAAAACCAAAACCAUUCGUACACUCUGAAGUCUUCAGCCACCUUCAAUGUGAUAGAAAUGCCUUAUAAGAACCUUACGUAUGAUUAUCCCUCUAAUAACACACUGGUUAACACCUCUAUUAUCUGGGUUAAGCCAGAUUCAGCACAGCCAGUCCCAGGCUGGGUCAUUGCACUAGCAGUCCUUGCAGGGCUCCUGCUUUUGGGCUUGUUGAUCUUUGUGAUGUACAAGGUUGGUUUCUUCAGACGUGUGCGCCCCCCACAGGAAGACAGCACAGAAAAAGAACAACUGCAGCCUCAGGAGAAAGGAGAUGGAGGUGCAGAGGCUUAAUGGACUGUUACCACUCCAGUAACUUAUUGAGAUUGUUACAAAUGCCAAACCCUGUCUUUAAGACUUCCUUGCUCCAAGGCAAUGACCACUUCAAUUACUGCACUAUUAGUAAUGUGUACAAGAGCAAUAUAAAAGUGCUUUAGGAGAGAGAUGCUAUCAUAGUAUGCUGUGCGCAGCCAGUCACACUCCAAUAGUCUUCCAUAACUACAUCACUAGAUCAUUUUUUUUAUUUUAUGAAAUUGCCAGGUAUGAGUGUAUGUAAAUUAGAUGUACAAACACUCCACACUCAACACAGAGAACAAAUAUGAUAUUUUUUUUUUUUUUUAAUAACAAAAUGUAUUGUCAAUAUUUUACAGUGUCAGGAGAGAAGCUGAAGUUGAACAUGGUUUUAUUAUAGUCAGAACAAAAUCAUCACCAGCACAAAAGCUGCAUAGCCAUAAAUUGACUGUAUUGGUACAUUUUGAAUAGCCAUAGGAGAUUUGGCUGCAUCAUAUAUACUCUGUAUAGUACUGUGUAUCUGGGAUCGGGGUCUCUGAGCAUGCUUGCAAUACUGAUUUACGUUUCUACUUUGUGCAAACGUGUUAUUAUGCAACUCAAUGCACUGACUUUAUUUUGGAAAAUGUGUUCUUGUUUAGCAGGAAGACCAUGUUAUAUGCAUAAAAAAUAGCAGUCACAUAACCUAUUUUUUACAAAUGAAAUCAUUAAUGUUGAUUCUUAAUAUCUUCACUUAUAUGGGUGUAAAGUAGAAGAGGAACACUUAUGUAGAAUGAAAUGUCAAAUUUACUGAUGCUUUGCAACAAAAUAGCAAUACAAUAAAACUUACUCUUACCAUUGCUUAAUGGUACUGUAGGUUUUUUGUUAAAAAAAAGUUUUCAAUUGUUUUAGUACAAUUAUUUAUAUAUAUAUAUAUAUAUAUAUAUAUAUAUAUAUAUAUAUAUAUAUAUAUAUAUACUGACACAUACAUUUCAGUAUUUUUUUAUGGAAAUUUGGAUCACAAUUCCAAGAGACAACCAUGCUUCAAUUUUACUCGGCCCUACAGCUACUGGUAUGUUAUAUACAGUAGCCAGGAAUAUGUCAUUUACAAAAAAAAAAAAAAUCAGGCUUCAGUUGCAUUUUGUUAAUUAAGGCACGUAAAUCAUUGUUUGUUUGUUUUUAGGUGGAUAAAAACUUAUUAGUCUGCCACAACUCUAAAUAUUAAUAUUAUGCCCACUUCAUUUAUUAAAGGAAAAAAGAUAUACCUUUUAUGUACUCAAAUAAAAUUGAUGAAAAUAUAUAGAUUUAAAUAAAAAUUAAAUAUAACUUUAUUAACAAAGGGGUUGGUGUAAACGAUUCUUACCAGGUUUGAGGGAGCAUAAUUAGUACUACUCAAUCAUUGUGGGCUUCAAAAUGCAAUAAAUAUUCUGUUUUAAAUUACAAAAAAAAUCACAUGGAUUGGGUUUGAGUUUUUACAAUGUUAAUAAAAUGUUUUUUAUACGGUAUACUAAAGGUAAAAAUACUCAUUUAAACUAAUGUAGAAAUAUUUCUUGCAAAGAAAGUUAUUUAAAUAAAAUUGUCAUUAAAUAUGAACAAAACAGUUUUACAUUACUUGGAGUUAGUGACUGUUGCUUUUCUAACUACAAACUUUACGCCAGGAAAACAAAUCCAUUAGUAAUUUUCCCUAGGUUUUGUUAGGCUAAUAAGAUUUAUUAUUACAAUUCUUGGGAUGUAACUCGAACUCUAGAAUGUAUUUUCGUCACCCACAUUGGGUGAAUAGAGUAAAAUCUGCUGAAAUUAAUCAUUGUGCUUCAAGAAAUUAGUUAGCUGUACAGUAGUUGGGAAACUGAGAUCAUAGAUUCAGUGUUUUGAUACCUCUUCGUAAACGCUUAUUGUUUUUGCAUUGCAGGCUUGGGUAUUUCUGCUUUUUGUUUUUUUACUACAUUUAUUUAUUAACUUUUUUAAAAAAUCAUGUCUUCAUUUAAUCCAUUUAUUUUCAGAAUUACAGUUUCAUUUAAAUACCAUCUCUAUUCACAUUCUGUAUUUAUAUAAAAAAAAAUAUUCAAAACUAGAACCUCUGUAUAACUGUAUGAUAAUAAAGUGGAUUCACUUCUGAUUGACCUCAUGUUAAUUAAAUACAAUAAUGACAAUGCUGUAGGACAGUCUUAACAGGUUCUGAUUUUGAAGGCAAAUACACCACCUUGGUUUUUCGGUAAUAUUUACUUUCUGAUACAGUAGUGUUUUAAUUGUAUUUUAUUUAUUUUUUAUAACAAAACUUUGUUCAUAAUGAAAACUGGACACUCCAUACUCUGAAAAUGUAAUUAUGCAGUAAAUCUUUGACAUACUAAAGUGAAGUUAGCCGUUUUUACUAAUGACACCUUCAAAAUAUUCAAAUGUAACCUUUUUUUUCUUAAAGCUGUUUAGGACUGGUUUUAAAAGAGCACUGUCUGUGUUCUGUGAAGCAGUGCAUUUCAUUUAAAAAAAGACAUUGAUGGGUGAAAUAAAGGGGUAUUAUUCUUA